UAUUAUAUUAAUAUUAAUAUCGGAGAGGAGGAAAAGCCAAUCGUUAGGAUGGAAUUCCCAAAGACGUUAAACUUCCCAUUACUUACUUACUUCUAUUAUUAUUAAAUCCUGUGAAUUUAAACGGUUUUGCACUCUUCUCAAAUUGCACUUAAAACAUCUGAAUGUUUACACAGGCAAGAGGUUGAUUGAAGAUGACAGCUUUUAAAAAGUUGCAAUAACUCUGCAAUUCGAUAAGGAAAUCUAGAUAGUAACAUGUUUAGUUACGAAGGCUUGGUUGCGGCCACAGUUACACCAACCAAAGCAGAUGGUUCUAUCAACUGCGAUGCAAUACCGGGUUAUGUCUCAUUUCUUUUGCAGCAAAAUGUCAAAGCUGUUUUCGUGAAUGGCACGACAGGGGAAUGGUCUUCUUUUUCUGUUGAAGAACGUAAACAUCUUGCAGAAGCGUGGAUAAAAUAUGGCCGCAAUAAGUUGCAUAAAAUUAUAAUUCAUUGCGGAGCUUUAUCGACUGAAGACGCAAAAACAUUAGCUCGACACGCUGUUAAUCUUGGCGCAGAUGCUAUAGCCUGUAUCGCUCCGUGCUUCUUUCGACCUCAAAACGAAGAGUUUUUAGUGGAGUAUUUGCGAGAGGUAGCAUCUGCUGCACCGACCACACCCUUUUUGUAUUAUCAUUUACCUGGUUUCACAAAAGUCGAAGUUAAGAUGGAGGUGUUUUUAAAACUGGCACAUGAACGCAUUGCAACUUUUUGUGGAAUGAAACUCAGCUCUCCAAAACUUUAUGAUGUUUAUCAUUGUUUACAGUUUAAAAACAAAGACUUGGCUUUGUUUUAUGGCUGCGAUGAGCAACUGUUUCCCGCCUUAAUGGUUGGUGUAAAGGCUGCUGUUGGAAGUUUGUACAACUACCUUGGAAGAUAUUUUAACGAAAUAUUAUCUGCUGUUGAAAAAAAUGAAUUCAGCAAAGCUAAAGACAUUCAGAUAAAACUUGCUAUGGAUAUGAUACCAAUGCAUGAAAAAUACGGGUUUUUUACGCGUAGGAAAUGGUUGACUGAAUGCAUAGAAGAGCUCUGGGCCAAAGCAUCACCAAAACACUGACGUCAUUGUCAGAAAUUGCCAUGGGUCCAUCAAGAUUGCCAUUAAAGUCUUUAACAGUCGAAGAAGUAAAAGAAGUUGAGAAGCAUCUGAAGGACUGUGGAUAUUUAGCUAUGGAUUUUUAGAAUAAAGAUUUAAAAGCAAUAAAGAAAAA